ACCCCUUCAUGAGUGGUGAACAGCGAGAGCACAAACAAACCAGAACAAUGUGACAGAAAUAAGCAGCGAUUUCAUACAGUGAGAGACCACAGACAUCACCGCUUUUGUGAGGGUGCAUUUUAUUAAAAAUAAAAAUCCCUCCGGCGGUCGUAGGGCAGGUAGGAAUGGAAGAACUCUCCUGAGGAGGGGGCGCGGGCAGCCCUGCGUCCCCGGCCCCACACGGAAGAGUGGCCCCGGGGGCUUCUCGCCGGGAGGCGGCGAGGGGAUGGCGGCGCCUCCCGGCCUCGGCUCGCCCUCAGCCGCCGCUCCGCCGGGGCAGGUGGCGCUUCGCGGGGGGAGCCUCCCUCCAUCCCUCCCUCCCCUCCCCGCGCUGGUGGCCCGGAAGGGAAGCCCUGCCCCUCCUUCUCCUCAGCCGGCUCCCAGGUGGCAGCAGCCAUCUCCGCGGCUGCCUCCCGCGGCUCCGCUCCACCUGUAGCGCGCCCACGGGGCGGGCAGAAGGCGAGCGGCGGCCGCCCCCCUUCCCCUCCAUCCCUCCCCUCCCUCCCCACCGCCUCAGCCCCGCGGGGGCCGGGGCACGGCGGCCGCUUCCUCCCGCUCGGCAGCCGGGCGGCCGCGGCCCUGACGUCGCUUCCUUCCAACAUGGCGAGGGCAGGUCGCUGCCGCAGCCGCUGCCGCCGCCGCCGCUAAUGGAGGCGGGCGCGGGCCGGGGGCGGCUCGGGGACUGAGCGCGUCGCGGGCGCCGUCCGCGCACACACCGGCGGCGGCGGGGGACGGAGGAGGAGGCGGGGAGGAGACGGAAGGCUUCGCCCUCCCUCGGCCCAGGGGCUCGGCUGCCGCCCCAGCCUCCCCCCCGGGGGAGCCCUCCCUCCGCCGGAGCCCUUCCUCGGCCCGGCCUCGCCGCCCUCCCCCGGCCCUUCGCUGCCCUCCCGAGGCGGGGGCGGCCGGUGCCCCGCUCUCCCUUCCCCUCCCCUCCCCUCCCUUCCCGUCCUCCUCCUCCUCGAUCGCGCCCAUGUAUGAAGGGAAGAAGACGAAAAACAUGUUCCUGACCCGGGCCCUGGAGAAGAUCCUGGCCGACAAGGAGGUGAAGAAGGCGCAUCACUCCCAGCUGCGCAAAGCCUGCGAGGUGGCCCUAGAGGAAAUAAAGGCUGAAACAGAAAAGCAAAGUCCCCCUCAUGGAGAAGCAAAGCCUGGUUCAAGCACUCUUCCACCUGUGAAAUCAAAGACGAGCUUUAUUGAAGCAGACAAGUACUUCCUACCAUUUGAGUUGGCAUGCCAGUCGAAGUGCCCCAGGAUUGUCAGUACAUCUCUAGAUUGUUUACAGAAACUUAUAGCAUAUGGGCAUCUGACGGGGAAUGCUCCAGACAGUACAGCACCAGGCAAAAAAUUAAUUGAUAGGAUUAUUGAGACAAUAUGUGGCUGUUUUCAAGGUCCUCAAACAGACGAAGGGGUUCAACUACAAAUAAUAAAGGCUUUGCUUACUGCAGUAACAUCUCAACACAUAGAAAUCCACGAAGGAACUGUGCUGCAAGCUGUAAGAACAUGUUACAAUAUCUACCUAGCAAGCAAAAAUCUCAUAAAUCAAACUACAGCCAAGGCCACUCUAACGCAAAUGCUGAAUGUCAUCUUUGCACGUAUGGAAAAUCAAGCACUUCAGGAAGCCAAACAGAUGGAAAAGGAAAGACACAGACAGCAACACCAUCUACAGCAGUCUCCAGUAAGCCAUCAUGAGCCUGAGUCACCUCAGUUGAGACAUAUUCCAACACAGACUGAUCAGCUGUCUAAAGAACAUGAGAGAGAGCUUGACCACAACACAAAUGAUGUGGACAAGAACCUUCAAGAAGAUUUAGAGGCAGAAAAUGGAUCUGAUAUUUCUAGUGCUGAAAAUGAACAGACAGAAGCCGACCAAGCCACAGCAGCAGAAAAUCUUUCUAAAGCUGAUGGAGGAACGUAUGAUGGUGAAAGCAAUGAUUGUGAAGAGAAGGCGCAAGAAAUUGUGGAAAGUAUUGUGCAGGAAAUGGUGAACAUAGUAGCUGGAGAUAUAGAAGGGACUGCUGAAAGUGCAAGUGGUGAUGGCACGAUUGUAACAUUAGAGGACGGCAGUGACAGUGAAAACAUUCAGGCAAAUGGAAUUCCAGGGACUCCAAUUUCUGUUGCUUAUACACCAUCUUUACCAGAUGACAGAUUAUCUGUCUCUUCCAAUGAUACUCAGGUACAGGAAUCUGGAAAUUCUUCAGGACCUACACCUGGUGCUAAGUUUUCCCACAUUUUACAAAAGGAUGCCUUCCUUGUAUUCAGGUCGCUGUGUAAACUUUCCAUGAAGCCCCUGUCAGAUGGACCGCCAGAUCCAAAAUCUCAUGAACUGCGAUCAAAGAUUCUUUCAUUGCAGUUGCUUCUGUCCAUUCUGCAAAAUGCAGGACCUGUCUUCAGGACAAAUGAGAUGUUCAUUAAUGCUAUUAAGCAGUAUCUUUGUGUUGCACUGUCAAAAAAUGGAGUCUCAUCGGUUCCAGAAGUUUUUGAACUUUCGCUUUCCAUAUUUCUUACCCUCCUCUCAAACUUCAAGACUCAUCUAAAGAUGCAGAUUGAGGUAUUCUUCAAAGAAAUUUUCCUGUAUAUCUUGGAAACCUCUACCAGCUCAUUUGAUCAUAAAUGGAUGGUUAUACAAACUCUGACACGGAUAUGUGCAGAUGCCCAGAGUGUAGUGGACAUCUACGUGAACUAUGAUUGUGAUUUAAAUGCUGCAAACAUAUUUGAAAGGCUGGUUAAUGACCUAUCUAAGAUUGCUCAAGGAAGAGGAAGCCAAGAGCUUGGCAUGUCCAAUGUUCAGGAAUUAAGCUUGAGAAAGAAAGGAUUGGAAUGCUUAGUAUCAAUCCUGAAGUGUAUGGUGGAGUGGAGUAAGGAUCAGUACGUAAAUCCCAAUUCUCAGACAACACUUGGCCAAGAAAAACCCACAGAACAAGACAACAAUGAAACCAAACACCCUGAGACAAUUAACAGAUAUGGAAGCUUAAAUUCCUUGGAUUCUACUGCUUCAUCAGGAAUUGGCAGUUACAGCACACAGAUGUCUGGCACUGACAACCCAGAGCAGUUUGAGGUCCUAAAGCAACAAAAGGAAAUAAUAGAACAAGGAAUUGACUUAUUCAAUAAGAAACCAAAGAGGGGGAUUCAGUACCUGCAAGAACAAGGAAUGCUUGGCACUACCCCAGAAGAUAUUGCUCAGUUCUUGCAUCAAGAGGAGAGAUUAGAUUCAACUCAGGUUGGGGAGUUCCUGGGAGACAAUGAUAAAUUUAACAAAGAAGUCAUGUAUGCAUAUGUAGACCAACACGACUUUUCAGGAAAGGAUUUUGUUUCAGCUCUGCGUAUGUUUCUAGAGGGAUUUCGUCUUCCAGGAGAGGCUCAAAAAAUUGAUCGCCUAAUGGAGAAAUUUGCUGCUAGAUACUUAGAAUGUAACCAAGGGCAAACUCUUUUUGCUAGUGCAGACACUGCAUAUGUCUUAGCUUACUCAAUCAUCAUGUUGACAACAGAUCUUCACAGUCCACAGGUUAAGAAUAAGAUGACAAAAGAACAGUAUAUUAAAAUGAACAGAGGUAUCAAUGACAGUAAGGAUCUCCCUGAAGAAUAUUUGUCCGCUAUCUAUAAUGAAAUAGCUGGAAAGAAGAUUUCAAUGAAAGAAACAAAGGAAUUAACAAUACCUACAAAAUCCAGUAAGCAAAGUGUCGCUAGUGAAAAACAGAGAAGAUUGCUGUAUAAUCUGGAAAUGGAACAAAUGGCUAAGACAGCUAAAGCUCUUAUGGAGGCAGUGAGCCAUGUCCAGGCACCAUUUACCAGUGCAACACACCUGGAGCAUGUGAGACCCAUGUUUAAGUUGGCAUGGACACCUUUCCUAGCUGCAUUCAGCGUGGGUCUACAAGACUGCGAUGAUACAGAGGUUGCAUCUCUUUGUUUGGAGGGUAUACGAUGUGCUAUCAGGAUUGCCUGCAUUUUCAACAUUCAGCUUGAAAGAGAUGCGUACGUCCAAGCAUUAGCAAGAUUUACGUUACUUACAGUGAGUUCUGGUAUUACUGAAAUGAAGCAGAAGAAUAUUGACACAAUUAAAACUCUCAUCACAGUGGCUCAUACGGAUGGAAACUAUUUAGGAAAUUCCUGGCAUGAGAUUCUGAAGUGCAUCAGUCAACUUGAGCUGGCACAGUUAAUAGGAACUGGAGUAAAACCUCGUUACAUCUCAGGGACAGUGCGUGGCAGGGAAGGUUCUUUUACUGGAACAAAAGAUCAGGCACCCGAUGAAUUUGUGGGGCUGGGACUGGUUGGUGGAAACGUGGAUUGGAAGCAAAUAGCAAGUAUUCAGGAAUCCAUUGGUGAAACUAGCUCCCAGAGUGUUGUUGUUGCUGUAGACAGAAUAUUUACAGGAUCUACAAGGUUGGAUGGAAAUGCUAUUGUGGAUUUCGUUCGCUGGCUUUGUGCCGUGUCUAUGGAUGAACUGCUGUCUGCUACUCACCCUCGAAUGUUUAGCCUGCAAAAGAUAGUAGAGAUUUCUUACUACAACAUGGGUCGGAUAAGGCUACAAUGGUCUAGAAUUUGGGAAGUUAUUGGAGAUCAUUUUAAUAAGGUUGGCUGCAAUCCCAAUGAAGAUGUAGCUAUUUUUGCAGUAGACUCAUUAAGGCAGUUAUCAAUGAAGUUCUUAGAAAAAGGAGAACUUGCUAAUUUCCGAUUCCAGAAGGACUUCUUAAGACCAUUUGAACAUAUAAUGAAGAGAAACAGGUCUCCUACUAUUCGAGACAUGGUUGUACGGUGUAUUGCACAGAUGGUAAAUUCCCAAGCUGCUAACAUUCGUUCUGGCUGGAAGAACAUUUUUUCAGUAUUUCAUUUGGCUGCCUCAGAUCAGGAUGAAAGUAUAGUGGAGCUUGCAUUCCAGACUACAGGACACAUUGUCACAAUUGUAUUUGAAAAACACUUCCCAGCAACCAUAGAUUCUUUCCAGGAUGCAGUAAAGUGCUUGUCUGAAUUUGCCUGCAAUGCAGCAUUUCCAGAUACCAGUAUGGAAGCGAUCCGCCUCAUUCGCCACUGUGCAAAAUACGUAUCUGAUAGACCUCAGGCAUUCAAGGAAUACACAAGUGAUGAUAUGAACGUAGCUCCUGAAGACAGAGUGUGGGUGAGAGGAUGGUUCCCAAUUCUGUUUGAGUUAUCCUGUAUCAUCAAUAGAUGCAAAUUAGAUGUAAGAACCAGGGGCUUAACAGUAAUGUUUGAGAUAAUGAAGACAUACGGUCAUACUUACGAAAAGCACUGGUGGCAAGAUUUAUUUCGUAUUGUCUUUAGGAUAUUUGACAACAUGAAACUGCCAGAACAGCAGACUGAGAAAGCUGAAUGGAUGACAACUACUUGCAACCAUGCACUUUAUGCAAUAUGUGAUGUAUUCACGCAGUAUUUAGAAGUGCUUAGUGAUGUUCUUUUGGAUGAUAUAUUCUCACAGCUGUACUGGUGUGUGCAGCAAGACAAUGAACAACUAGCACGGUCUGGUACAAACUGUUUGGAGAAUGUUGUCAUCCUAAAUGGUGAAAAGUUUACCCUAGAAAUCUGGGAUAAAACUUGCACUUGCAUGCUGGAUAUUUUCAAAACUACAAUCCCUCAUGCGCUUCUGACUUGGAAACCAGUCAGUGGGGAUUUUGGCCCUGUAUCUCCUUCUGAUGCAAAAGAAAAACUGGAUACUAUCUCACAGAAGUCUGUAGAUAUUCACGAUUCUAUUCAGCCAAGAUCUUCUGAUGGACGUCCACAUCAGCCCAGUGCAGUGUCCACAGUAGGGGAAGAAAUGAGUAAAGCCAGGCCAGCAGCAAAAUUUCCAGAACAGAAGUUAUUUGCUGCUCUUUUGAUCAAGUGUGUUGUACAACUGGAACUCAUUCAGACUAUCGACAACAUUGUGUUCUUCCCAGCAACUAGCAAAAAAGAGGAUGCAGAGAAUCUAGCAGCAGCACAAAGAGAUGCAGUAGACUUCGAUGUCCAUGUGGAUACACAAGAUCAAGGGAUGUAUCGUUUCCUAACAUCACAGCAGCUUUUCAAACUUCUCGAUUGUCUGCUGGAAUCUCACAGAUUUGCUAAAGCGUUUAAUUCAAACAAUGAACAAAGAACCGCUCUCUGGAAAGCAGGUUUCAAAGGCAAAUCAAAGCCUAAUCUUCUGAAACAGGAGACGAGUAGUCUUGCCUGUGGGCUGCGCAUCCUGUUCCGUAUGUACAUGGAUGAAAGCCGUACCAGUGCAUGGGAAGAAGUCCAGCAAAGACUACUAAAUGUCUGCAGUGAGGCUCUGAGUUACUUUCUCACUCUUACAUCAGAAAGUCAUCGGGAAGCCUGGACUAAUCUGCUACUCUUAUUUUUGACUAAAGUCCUGAAGAUAAGUGAUGAAAGGUUCAAGGCUCAUGCAUCGUUCUAUUAUCCUCUGUUGUGUGAAAUUAUGCAGUUUGAUCUUAUUCCUGAACUUCGAGCUGUUCUGCGAAGGUUUUUUCUGCGGAUUGGUGUGGUUUUUCAGAUAUCCCAACCCCCAGAACAAGAGUCUGCAAUAAGCAAGCAGUAGCAGAGAGCGACUGGGUAUUGCUCUGUUCAGAAGUUUGUACUCCUCAGCUAAAUAAAAGGACCAGGUAGCUGAGCCGUUCUGUCUGGGUAUCCAUAACAAUGGUUUCUUUGUCUGGCAGUGUGUAUCCAAGGAUUAAUGGUACAGAUGCUUACAACUGAAAUUAAGGCUUGCAACACUCCAGUCCCUUUAUUUCCUGAUGGAUUAUCUCGAUCGGUUUCUCUUACCUGGCUCAUGCUGAGCGUAGAGCCGGUUUUUAGCACAGUCCUCUCGUCAGCAUGGGCUGCAAUAUCCUUUACUGUCCUAGACAGCAGUAUAGCAACAGAUGUUUAUGGAGGGUGUGAAAGGAAAAUGUACCCAAAGAACUAUAUAUGUAAAGGUUUGAGCUUCUGCAAGAAGUACAACUCAGGAGAGCUGUAUUUUGAAGGAUAAAAUGUUUAUAGUGAAAAGAAAAUGGAGAUUAUUGUUCAUGGUAAAAGAUAUUUAGCAACUAUGUCUGAUAUUCUUAUUCUAAGAUUUUUGCACACUCAGGCUGUCUGAGACAUUGGUAAUCAUCCUUCUGUGAAAAAUGUACAGAGAUGCAGGUCUGUAAUAUAAACUCUCUAACACUAUACAGUUCUUCCUGAAUUGUUUUAUUUCUGUAUUAUUGAUUUGCUGAAAACCCAUAACACUUUAUUGUUUACCAAAUGCACUAGAAGUUUGGGUUUCUUUUUUUUGGGGUUGUGAUUUUCUUUGUUUUUGUUUCAUUGUAGCCCAGCAGUUAGUGUUGCUGACUUUUGUCAAGAACAGAGGUAGAAAUAUCACGACUGACAUAACUACCUGUAAUAUACUUGUUUUAGGGCUUUUCAAUAUAAUGAAUGAGCCAUUGAAAGGAUGAUCCUUCAAGGACUGGAACUUGAAUCACUGCAAACAAGUCUAGGUUGUGUCUGCUGUCACAUGUUUUUUGUUUGAUGUAGAUUUCACUCUUAUGUACAGAAUUUAAUGUUGAAUAUAUUCAAGUAACAAAUCUGGCAUGGUUUGGGGAUGGUUAAAUUUAUUGGCAAUGUAUUCAUACUGUGAAUUGUGCUCUGAUGGUUAAAAGACAAGAUUGUCAAGCAUUCUGUAUUACAAUGGAUGUAGAAAUUUUUUUCAGAUGGACAAAAUGUAUAUGGUACAGAUAUGUAAAGUUUUCUAUGUAAAAAAAAUUCUGUACAACUUUCUGUACAGUAUUUGGUUCUCAUCUGGCAUAUUCUAAUCAGGUUAUAGGUCAAUAAAGUUUUUGAACUC